CCUCUCUGCAUACAACUCGUGGGCAGCAGCUUCUUCUCUGCAUACCAAGAAGUCGCCUCCGUUGCUUUCCUCCAGCAGUGCGCGCCCCUCCUCUCCUCUCGAGAUCUUCUCCGAGUUGCUGAGAUCUGGUUGUAAGCAGCCAAGAUGGUGAAGAUCUGCUGCAUCGGUGCUGGCUACGUCGGCGGCCCAACAAUGGCUGUCAUUGCCAUCAAGUGCCCAGCAAUUGAGGUGGUGGUCGUCGACAUCUCCAAGCCCCGCAUUGACGCCUGGAACAGCGACACCCUCCCGAUCUACGAGCCUGGCCUCGAUGAUGUUGUCAAGGCCUGCAGGGGCAAGAACCUCUUCUUCAGCACUGAUGUUGAGAAGCAUGUCGCCGAGGCCGACAUCAUCUUCGUCUCCGUCAACACCCCCACCAAGACCCGUGGUCUGGGAGCCGGCAAGGCUGCCGACCUCACCUACUGGGAGAGCGCCGCCCGGAUGAUCGCCGAUGUGUCCAAGUCGGAUAAGAUCGUCGUCGAGAAGUCCACCGUCCCCGUCAAGACCGCAGAGGCCAUUGAGAAGAUCCUGACCCACAACAGCAAGGGCAUCAACUACCAGAUCCUGUCCAACCCGGAGUUCCUCGCCGAGGGCACUGCGAUCGACGACCUGUUCAAGCCCGACAGAGUGCUCAUCGGUGGCCGGGAGACCCCCGAGGGCAGGAAGGCCGUCGAGGCUCUCAAGUCGGUGUACGCCCACUGGGUGCCCGAGGAGAACAUCAUCACCACCAACCUGUGGUCUGCCGAGCUCUCCAAGCUCGCCGCCAACGCCUUCCUGGCCCAGAGGAUCUCGUCCGUGAACGCCAUGUCGGCGCUGUGCGAGGCCACGGGCGCCAACGUGUCGGAGGUGUCGUACGCCAUCGGCAAGGACUCGAGGAUCGGUCCCAAGUUCCUGAACGCCAGCGUCGGGUUCGGCGGGUCGUGCUUCCAGAAGGACAUCCUGAACCUGGUGUACAUCUGCGAGUGCAACGGCCUGCCGGAGGUGGCCAACUACUGGAAGCAGGUGAUCAAGAUCAACGACUACCAGAAGAGCCGGUUCGUGAACCGCGUGGUGUCGUCCAUGUUCAACACCGUGUCCGGCAAGAAGAUCGCCGUGCUCGGGUUCGCCUUCAAGAAGGAUACCGGCGACACCCGGGAGACCCCGGCCAUCGACGUGUGCAAGGGCCUGCUGGGCGACAAGGCCCAGGUGAGCAUCUACGACCCGCAGGUGACGGAGGACCAGAUCCAGCGCGACCUGGCCAUGAACAAGUUCGACUGGGACCACCCGAUGCACCUGCAGCCGACGAGCCCCACGGCCGUGAAGCAGGUGAGCGUGGUGUGGGACGCGUACGAGGCCACCAAGGGCGCCCACGCCGUGUGCAUCCUCACCGAGUGGAACGAGUUCAAGUCGCUGGACUACAAGAAGAUCUUCGACAACAUGCAGAAGCCGGCCUUCGUCUUCGACGGCCGCAACGUCGUCGACGCCGAGAAGCUCAGGGAGAUCGGCUUCAUCGUCUACUCCAUCGGCAAGCCGCUCGACGGGUGGCUCAAGGACAUGCCCGCCGUCGCCUAAUUCGCUCUCCACGUCGGCCGGCCUCGUCUGUCUGCCGGCGGCGUCGUCGAUCGGGGCUGCAGGAAGGCAGGGGAAGGAAGGAAGGAAGGAAGGAAGAUGAGCCGGUGGUUUGAGUUUGACCAUAUCCAUUCUUUAUAGUUUGCGUUUUGCAGGAGAAGCAUCAACAACAGUUCCUCGCCCGGGCAUAAAAAUUUAGUAAACCUUCGUGUCUUGUUAAGUUUUCGAUCGAUACAUGUUUGCGUCUGUAGAUCUUAUAAUCAAACUCCUCGGCCCCCUGUGCUGUCCGAGGAGGUUUUUUCCCCUUUGUAUCCGAUGAACUUUGUAGCCGGUUGGUUCCUCAACUGUUUUGCUGAAAUUGUUACAGAAUCAAAUGUGUUUUUAA